GCCGGCGCAAGUUGCAAGAAGACAAGGCACCGGUGGGGUCUGGGCUGGACUGGGUCAGGGCAGGACGAGGCGAGCACUACCACCACCACCACCACCACUAUCAAAGCAGACAUGCCGCACCCAGUCAUCAUCGGCGUCGCUGACGUCAAGAACAAGGACCGGACGCUGCGGCGCGACGGGUCCGACGAGCCCGCGGCGCUGAUCCUGCAAGCGAUCGAGGCUGCCGUUGCCGACACGGGCAGCGGCAAGGUGCGGGCCCAGGACAUUGACAGCAUCUCUGUCGUGCGACCCUGGUCGUGGCCAUACCCGGACCUGCCGGCGCUCCUUGCGUCUCGGCUGGGCGCCAAACCGAGCUUCACGACGACGAGCCCGCACGGGGGCAACCAGCCGGCCAAGCUGCUCGACGAGGCCUGCCGGGCCAUUGCCCAGGGCCGCUCCAAGCUGGCCCUCAUCACCGGCGGCGAGGCGCUCGACUCGCUCAGCGAGUACAUCAAGGCCCAGGAGGUGCCGCCGCCGGGGUGGACCGAGGUCGACGACUUUGCCGCCUUUGCUGCCGACGCGCUCAAGCCGCCGUCGGGCGAGACCCUCGAGGGCAUCCAUGGACUCGGUGCGCCGAUCCAGGUGUAUGCGCUCUACGAGAAUGCGCUGCGGGCGCGCGAGGGCGUCUCGUACGCCGACAACCACCGCGAGUCGGCCGAGAUGUAUGCCGACUUCUCGCGCGUCUCGGCGGACAACCCCAACUCGUGGCACCACGGCCAGGCGAGCAGCGCGGCCGAGAUUGGCACGGCAACAAGGAAGAACCGGAUGAUCAACACGCCGUACACGAUGCUCAUGUGCGCCUUCAACAAGGUCAACAUCGCCGCCUCGGUCCUCGUCACCUCCGACGAGCACGCGGCUGCGCUCGGCAUCGACGCCAGCCGCUACAUCUACGUCCGCGGCGGCGCAGGCACAGCCGAGACGGACGAGUUCUACCGGCGCGGCAGCUUUGCCGCCUCGCCCGCCAUUGGCCAGAGCAUCGACGCGGCGCUGGCUGCCUCGGCGCUGACGCGCGACCAGAUCGACGUCUUUGACUUCUACUCGUGCUUUCCCGUCGUGCCCAAGCUCGCCUGCCGCCACCUGGGCCUGCCCACCGUGGCGUCGCCGCGUCCGAUUACUGUGCUCGGUGGCCUGACGUCCUUUGGCGGCGCAGGCAACAACUACUCGAUGCACGCCAUCACCGAGCUCACGCGCCGCCUCCGUCGCACGCGGCAGGGCCAGGGCCGCGAGAACAACGCGCUGGUCCUCGCAAACGGCGGCAUCCUCUCCUACCAGCACGUCGUCUGUCUCUCCACUGCGCCCGCUUCUUCCUCCCCGUCCUACCCCGCUGCGCCGCCGCUGGGUGAGUACACGGACGACAUUGAGGAGUGCGCCGCGACGGCCGAGGGCAAGGCUACGAUUGAGACGUACACCGUCGACUUUGGCCGCAAGGGCGACGCCAAGCGCGGCCACGUCGUCGGCCGUCUCGCCGCCAACGGCCGGCGCUUCAUUGCCAAUGCCGCCGACGAGCACACGCUCCGCACGCUCACCGCCACCGACCGCGAGGUCGUGGGCCUCCAGGGCCGCGUGUGGACGAGCACCGAGGACGAGGGCCGGAACCUGUUCAGCCUCGCGGCCGAGCAGCGGCUGUAGCAGUAAUCCACUAGGAUGUGAACUGCGACCACGCAGCGUCUGUAGCUUUGAAUGCAUGCAUUAAUCUGGGAUAUGAACUGUGGCCAAGUAGAAGAGCUGAGG